AUGCCGAAAGACAAGCGAAAGCGCGCCUCAGGCGCCGGCGAUAGCACGCCCUACUCUAAGCCUUCUGCCAAACAAGCCGCCGCACAUUCGAUCUUCAAGAUGGACAAGGACCUCGGCCAACAUUUACUGAAGAACCCCGGUGUCGCAGCCGCAAUCGUACAAAAAGCGCAUUUGAAACAAUCAGACCACGUUCUCGAAGUCGGUCCCGGAACAGGAAACUUGACAGUCCUGAUCCUCAAGGCCGCGAAGGCCGUGACAGCCGUAGAAAUGGAUCCUCGAAUGGCCGCCGAAUUGACAAAACGUGUACAAGGCACACCAGAGGGGAAACGACUGAAAGUCAUGCUCGGCGAUGUGAUCAAGACCGAACUUCCUCGCUUCGACGUCUGCAUAUCCAACACACCCUACCAAAUUUCUUCGCCCCUCGUCUUCAAGCUCCUCAGCUUGCCCAACCCACCGCGGAGCUGCAUACUCAUGUUCCAGCGCGAAUUCGCCAUGCGUCUGUUUGCCAAGCCGGGCGAGAAACUGUACUCCCGGCUGUCGGUGAAUGUGCAGAUGUGGUCCAAAGUCUCGCACAUCAUGAAAGUCGGGCGCAACAACUUCAACCCCCCGCCGCUCGUCGAGUCCAACGUCGUGCGCAUCGAGCCGAAGAACCCGCGCCCCCAGAUUGCGUACGAGGAGUGGGACGGUCUGCUCCGCAUCGCAUUCGUGCGCAAGAACCGCACACUACGCGCUGCAUUCCUGGGCACGUCCGCCGUCCUGGAGCUGCUCACGCAGAACUACCGUCUCUUCUGCGCGCAGAACGACAUUGAGAUGGACGAUACGCCGCUCGAUGCCGACGAGAUGGCUGCCGAGCCAGAGACCAUGGAUGUCGACGACGACGAAUUCAAGGGGUUCUCUGACCCCGACGAUCCGGAUGACGAGCUGCCCGACUUCUUCAAGCAGCUGCAAGCCGAGUCGCGGAAGAAGCACGAGAGGGGUGUGCACCGCAAGAAGAAGGGGCGAGUCAGCGAGCUGGUGCGUGAGAAGGUGCGCAAGGUUCUUGAGGAUGAGACGCAGCUUGCGGACAAGCGACCAAGGCUGUGUGAGGAGGGAGAUUUCUUGAAGCUGCUGUACGCUUUCAAUCAGGAGGGUAUCCACUUCAGCUAG